AACGCUGUCAGCGUUCAAGUAGAAUGUACCCACGAAAGAAAACAAAAUUCCGACAAUUUUUUACAACAUUCGACUUCGUUUAGAUAUAGCUACUAGCAGCAUGUGCUCUGAAUGUUCGUGAAACAAAUGACAUUAUGUAGUCGAAAUUUGUGCAGCAACAAAGCAAGCCAGUUAUAUUUUGGUGUACGGAGUCACGUAGUAGUAGUACAAAUCACGGUAGCACCGCACUGACACACCACAAGGCACAAACCAUGGUGAAUAGUGACCCCGCUUCACGGUCACGGUGCCCACGGUACAUUCAUUCUAUGUAUUUGUGUCUAUAUGAAUUUUGCGUGUUGCGUCAAGUAAAAGUGUGCGUUCUCGAGUUUUCGUUAUCUGUACGUCUAUACUUACUGUAUUUUUUCGGCGCUAUACUGUGAAUAAACCUACAUUUUACAUAGUUUUCCUACCGUGUCUAGAGGUGAAAUUAAGAUAGCGAACAGAAGAGUGCUUAUAGGCUAAAUCACGGAACUGUCGCAAGACAGAAAAUAAAAAUAUUUGCAGUUCUCGGCACUAAAAUGAAUAUGCGUAUUUAGACGAUACGACAUAUGGGCGAAGAAGACUGUCCAAGAUAGAAGUUGUUGCUAGCUGUUACACUUUUUUCAUCCUGGUGGCUCCUAUCUCACGGACUAACCACCGUUCAGCUGUUUUCUAUAGGGAAGUGUACUGCGAGGCAAGGGAAUAUUUCAUAGUGACAUUGAAAUCAUGAAUGCCUCAGAACAUGGGUUUAACCCAUCCUUUAACAUGGCCUCCAUAAAGCAGGCUUUCAAUGAGGCUGUUGAAAGAGUAUCAACAGUCAGGAUGCCUGCACCAACUCGACUCCGAGAUCUUAUAAGGCAAAUAAGAGCAGCCAGAACAGCGGCUGAGGAGCGUACUGUAGUAAACAAAGAAUGCGCUUAUAUAAGAUCAACGUUCAGAGAAGAAGACAGUGUCUGGAGAUGUCGGAAUAUCGCAAAACUUUUGUACAUUCAUAUGCUCGGUUAUCCUGCCCAUUUUGGACAAUUGGAAUGUUUAAAAUUGAUUGCGUCGCCGAGGUUUACGGACAAACGUAUUGGUUAUUUGGGCGCUAUGUUAUUGCUUGAUGAACGACAAGACGUUCAUCUUUUGAUUACCAAUUGUCUUAAAAACGAUUUAAACAGUUCCACACAAUUCGUGAUUGGUCUAGCGUUAUGUACUUUAGGCGCGAUAGCCUCACCGGAAAUGGCGCGAGAUUUGGCUUCAGAGGUUGAACGAUUGAUGAAAUCACCGAACGCCUACAUACGAAAAAAAGCUGCUUUGUGCGCAUACAGAAUAAUACGCAGAGUACCCGAGCUCAUGGAAAUGUUUCUGCCAGCUACGAGAAGUCUCUUGACUGAGAAGAACCAUGGAGUUUUAAUAACGGGUGUGACACUAAUUACCGAAAUGUGUGAGAAUAGCGUUGACACCUUGAAUCACUUCAAGAAGGAAUGCGGCCAUCGAGAGAUUGUUCCGAAUCUCGUGAGAAUUUUGAAGAACCUCAUACUCGCGGGUUAUUCGCCAGAGCAUGAUGUUUCUGGUGUCUCGGAUCCAUUUUUACAAGUGAAAAUCUUACGUUUGUUGCGCAUACUAGGACGCAAUGAUGUUGACGCCUCCGAGGCGAUGAAUGAUAUCCUUGCUCAGGUUGCCACCAACACGGAAACGAGCAAAAACGUUGGUAAUACGAUAUUGUACGAAACCGUUCUGUCAAUUAUGGAUAUUAAGUCAGAAUGUGGAUUGAGAGUUUUGGCAGUUAAUAUACUUGGACGUUUUCUUCUAAACAACGAUAAAAAUAUUCGUUACGUCGCUCUUAACACUCUCCUUAAAACCGUAUAUGUUGACACAAGCGCCGUGCAGAGACAUCGCUCUACGAUAUUGGAAUGUCUUAAAGAUCCUGAUGUUUCGAUUAGACGACGUGCCAUGGAGCUUAGUUUUGCCCUCGUCAAUACAAAUAACAUCAGAAACAUGAUGAAAGAGUUACUCUUGUUUCUUGAGCGUGCUGAUCCUGAAUUUAAGGCUCAGUGCAGCAGCAAUAUCGUCAUGUCGGCUGAGCGUUUCGCACCAAAUAAACGCUGGCAUCUCGAGACACUCUUUAAAGUUCUAGUAGCGGCCGGCAGUUUCGUUCGUGAUGAUGUGGUAGCGUGCACGAUUCAACUUAUUUCGGAAACUCAAGCACAACAGAGUUACGCCGUAAGCGCCCUUUGGCGAGCCCUCGAAAGAGACACUUUCGACAAGCAACCAUUGGCUCAAGUAGCUACGUGGUGUAUCGGUGAAUAUGGUGACUUGUUGCUCUAUGGCCCCCCGAUUGACGAUGCUGACACACCAAUAAAUCUCACGGAAGACGAUGUGAUUGAUGUUUAUCAAAGGUUACUUUGGAAUCCUCAAAAUACCGUAGUGACGAAGCAAUACACACUUUUGUCUCUGACAAAACUGAGCACGAGAUUUCAGCGAGGAAACGAGAAAAUACGACAGAUUAUAGACACUUUUGGAAGUAAUCUGCACAUUGAACUUCAACAGAGAGGAAUUGAAUUUUCGCAAUUGUUUCGUAAGUACGACCAUUUGAGGCCCGCUUUGUUGGAGAGGAUGCCACCUAUGGAAACCGCGAGACCUCAGGCCAAUGGAAUAAUAGGUAUGGUGAACGGCGAAACCGAACUCGAGGAGGACAAAUCAUUGAAUUCAGGGAUCGAAUCGAUCGCGCAACCUCCUUCGGAUUCGAGUGCUUUGUUGGAUCUUUUGGGCACCAGUGACCUUGAAAUAACAGUCCCAGUUGUGGUUUCAACAGUAAGCAGCGAAACUCCUAACAAAACAACGUCAGUUAGUAAUAACGACCUUUUGGACUUACUUGGUGGUUUGGAUCUUGGCAGUCCGGAAAACGCGGUUACACCAGCGGCAUCACUUAGCCAUCCAAUUUCACAACCGCAAUCUCAGUCUUUCUUCAGCUCGACCAACACAACAAGUUUCCUUGUUAACGACCUUCUUCAUUCAACUGCAGUGGAAAACGAAGUUCCAAACAUGGUUGUUCACGACAAAGCUGAUCUGAAGAUCAUUUUCAAGAUGGAGAGAUCAAACGACUUUCCUGAUGUUUUAGUUAUAAACAUGCUUGCCUGCAACACUGGGCCAACCCCAUUGACGGACUUUCUCUUCCAGGCUGCAGUUCCCAAAACAUUCCAAUUACAAAUGCUUUCACCGUCAAGCACCACGAUAAUACCAUCGGGGCAAGUGACUCAAGUUCUUAAGGUUUCGAAUAUAACCAAAGGAUCACUGAGAAUGCGACUACGUAUUUCAUACGUGGAUGUAUCAGGCACCGUACUCGAACAGACGGAGGUCAACAAUUUUCCUACACAAUUGUUCAAUUCACAGUGACAGGAAUAUACGUGAAGGAAGAAACGAAUUGUAUAUACGUGAGCCUAAAAUGAGGAUAUUACGUGUGGUCAAGAUGCAAGAAAUCUCGGUAAAAGAUAUAGAACCAAGAUCGUUCGAACAAAAAAUGAAAGAAUGCGCCUUUAGCUGUAAAGUCCUGCUAGCUUGAGCAACGGAAGUCCUCAGAGUUCACAAAAAUGACUUUUGUGAUAAUCGAGACGCGAGACGAGACGAUUUUUAUAUGUUUAAAAGAAGUAAAACAUCGAUAAUUGAUGUUGGAUAUAUGUGACCAGGUCCACGACUUUUCUACCACUAUCUGUGAGCUGGGAUCAGCUGCUUGGGUGUCGAUUUUUUUAAAGUAGAUUAUAGACAAAAACAGCCCUCCAAAUCGGGACUUACAACAAAGAAAUAUGGUGCCUGUGCAAUUAUUCGAAAGUUAAUUUUUUCACGAGAGUUCUGUAGAGCACAAAAACUCGUAUGAGAUUCUUCUCUCUUUUUCAAUCUUAUAUUUAAAAAGAAAAAAGAAUUGUUUUUUCCUCUAACCGAAAAUUCGGUUAGAGCAAAUUAGUAACCCUUCUCUGAAUUAUCAUUUUUUUUAAUUUCGCGUAUUUUCGAAAUAGUGUCAAGGGCAACAUUUUUCCAAAUAACCAGCUUAAAUUUUUCAUUUAUGUAGAUUCUAUUAUUACCUACACUAAUUUCUAUUUAUCGCCACUUUUACCUUUAUUCGGGGUCUCGUGAAGGUAAUUGAUUUCUAAAAAUCGCUGUUUAUAUAUAGCUGGAAACUUCCUUCUUUUUUUCAAAUGAAAUUGCUUGAAUUAUUCAAGGACUCAAUUCCAUCCACAAACAAAACUAAAAUCUAAUGAUUGAAACGACCAUAAUAAAUUAUGAUUUUUAGACAUGAAAAUGAUUGACAAUGCCAUAAAUAUGGAAAAAAUGACGAAUUUGUAUAUUUGGAACAACCCGAGUUCGCUAAGCAAGUUAAACUCAUUCCUGAAAUUUUCGAAGUUAUGCGGGGAUAUAUCAAAGUAUAAUUCCUAAAUUAUUCUGGCAAUUCCAUUCCUAUAGAUAAAAGUAAUGGGUAAAAAUUAGUAAGAAAUGUACGUGGAUGAGAGAUUUUAGCCGUCUAUUUGUAAAAUCGUUGCCCCGCCGCGUGUUGAAAAAUGGACGGAACUAUAUAAAGCAGCAGUCUCAGAAACGCGUGCUAAAGCAACUGAAUUUUAAUUCAAAAGAACAAACACUUUUUCCCAAACGUCCUAGACGAAAAAAGAGGAAUGCAAGUAUUUUAUCUCCACAAAACUCUCGCAUGAAAAAAAUCAUUUCAUAGGCUAAAUAAUUAACUUUUCAAAAAUUUCGAGAAAUUAUUCACCUAUCAGAUUUUGAUAUACUAAGUUUCAAUUUGGAAGAUCGGCUGUAUUUGAAAUCAGCUUUGUUUGAAAAAGCCAAACAGCUGUAGAAUGCGCAGGCUGUAGUAAGAACUAGUGGAUCUAGCCAUAUAUAAUUUAUCGUUUCUGACAUUUGAAACAUCAUUCAUUUUUUUUUAUUGAUUAUUCUAGAAAGGCUUGUAUAGUUGACUGAAAAAAGUUCUAAAAGAGACGCAUAAAGAUUAUUUUUUGUAAAUAUUAGAUAACAGAUCCGAUUCCUAUUCUAGCCUGUCAAAGAUCGAACUGUCUUAAUAUAUGACAAACAUAAUCGAUCUAAUGACAGAAAUGAAUCAAUAAGACAAGGAGAACAAGAUUAAUAUUUAGAAUACGUUUGACUUGAGCUUUGUCAAUGUUGAAGCCACUUAAGCAUCGUGUUCUGGCAUUACAGGCCAAGCUACAGAGAUUUGGAGUGAGCAUUUUCUACAAAAAGUGUUAGAAGAAAACCAACUGCGCCAUUGUUUGAGGAAUAUCUCCUUAUGAUAUAGUGACCUGUCGUCUACUCGAGUUUCUUAUUUACCGCUUUAUUAUUAAUAAUUUGAUGCAAAAAAAUCGCUCUUUUUUAGUUUUUUGCUUAUAAAAUAAAAACUAUCAGAAUGAUCAGGAUAGAGUGAGUAGACAUUGUAGAGAAUAAAAAUACGAAGAAAAUGAGAGGUCGAACGACUCGAUCGGACCGUCAGUUUUUGAGUUGUAGCGUAGAUCCUCCGGCCAGUAUUAGUCCCCCUUUUUUUAUUAACAUAAACUUCAUUUGUGUGAAAAGCAGGCACAUAGUUUUGGAUCUGUGGCCAUUUGAAUUUUUUUUUUAUGCAAUUUUCCUGCAGCCCUCCCCUACAUUAAAAUGGUCCGAUUUCAAUUUACUAAAAUGAUUUCGAAAGGGGAAUUUUUAUAAUUCAAAAUGUUCAUCUUAGUUUUUCAUGAUAACGUUGAGAAAUAUGUUAAAAAUGGAACUGAGCAGCACGAUAAACGACCGAGCGCGCGACAGUAGUUGAAGAGUGGGGGAGAGCAGCGGGCAAGUCUCAUUGCAUGGGACAGUGCCUGCUUUUCACACAAAUGAAGUGUAUGUUAAGAGGAUGGAUCACUCAGUAUAUCGCAACUGUGGGUGCGAGAGAGAUAGCUGAAAAUUUCGAUUUCGAAAAUUCCAAGUGAGGUUAGUCGACUGAUUCAUACUCUUAAUAACUAAUACUGACCGGAGGAUCUACUCUACAAUUAAAAAAAAACCGAGAUAUUAAUUUUUGAAAAAAAAAUGCAUUUUCGUCGGUUUUUAACGAUUUUCUCCUAAACUAACUGUCCGAUCGAGUCGUUUGACCUCUCAUUUUCUUCGUAUUUUUAUUCUCUACAAUUAGUCUAGUGACUCUAUCACGAUUACCCUGAUAGUUUUCAUUUUAUUAGCUAAAAAAAAACUAAAAAAAAACGAUUUCUAGCAUCAAAUUGUUAAUAAUGAAGCUGUAAAUAAGAAAUUCGAGUAGACGACAGGUCACUAUUUCAUAUGAAGCUAUUCCUCACACAAUGGCGCAGCUGGUUUUCUUCUAACACUUUUUACGUGAAUAAAUCUUUGUAAGCUUGGCCUAUUAUCACAUCACGCGCUUUCAAAGUUUAUGACGCCGCAGUCGAACAUACUCUGAAUUCCCGAAUUUCCGAUAUGAUUAUGGUGAAACGCAGAAAGCAAAAACUGCUCGAACCGUCAUCUAUGUAAAAAGACAAUUUUAUUUGGCGAGGCAAAACAGGCGCACUAAACAAAACAAUCGAUUUAUUUAAUCGACCAAAUAAAUUACAAGAUGUCCUCGUUGAAAAUCAUGUAAUUCUGAUUCUCAAAUGGGAAUGGAAGCGUUUUUUUUUUAUUGUAACAAUACCGAUUCGUCUCGCAUCUCGUUAACGCGAUACUUUGAUACUAUUUCCCAAAAGCUAUCGAUAAAUAUGGUGACCGAUCAAUGUCGAACCAAAAAUGCUGUACUUAAAAAAAUAUACGAAUAAAAUACCGGACAACUGCAAAUUGCCGAAUUAUUUUUCUUUCCGUCAUAGAGCACGGAAAAAAUGGAAUAAAACAUAUUGAACGCACGGAUCAGUGAGCAGGUAUGAAUCAUCAGCAAUUUUGUUUGAGCGUCAGAGAAUUGCUAUAGUUAACCAUUCAUCGAACCUGUGUUAUUCCCUUAGUUACUACACAAAAAUCACAAUAUUUAAUUCGUCAAAGGAGAAGGGAGAGAACGACUGAGCGAGAGCGAGAGAGAGAGAGAGAGAGAGAGAGUAAACUUCUACACUGCAAACUAUGCACCCACAGCGCUACUAAAUGAUGAAAAAAAAAAAAAAAAAAAACAAGAAAAAAGCAAUGAACUCGGUCAAACACUAUAUUGAUGGGAAUAUAAUGCAUCGUGUAAAGAAAAAUAUCUGUAUAUAAAGUGCAUUUUGGCUUCGUUCCUUUUAUCAAUUUCGAACUUCUUUUAACCUGAUACUUUAAACUUAUGAUUUUGAACUUUCGUCUGUAACAUAAUCGAACUGGUAUUUCAUAACUUAUUGGAAUUCAGAAAGUAUAAACGAACGAUUGAAUGCAAAAUUGUUUAAAUAGCGUCAUUAGGAGCAGCAAAAAUGAGAGCGGAACUUUUCUAAAGCGGCAUAUUUCCUCGUAAAUUGUCGUGUAUGUGUGCAGAUGAAAGUAUUAUUCAUAACACGACAAAAAACGACCGAUCACAUCGCUCGUACGGUUGCCGAGUGAAGCACAUAUCAUGAAUCUUCCUUGAUUUUCAUGGUGCAUAUUAAUAGUAUAUUACACACCUAGGGAGGGAAAGUAGACUACUUCAAACCGCGGGCAGAAUUGUCACUCGAGCCGAAAGCAAAAGACAAGCACCGAAAGUUCGCCUUUUCGAAAGCGCCGAAAGUUUGACUUUCCGAAAUCGGAAGGUUGAAUUUUCGGUGCAUGUGUGGUGAAAACUUAUUUUUGUUACAUACACAACAAAAUUUUCGAUAUCACGGGACAGAAACCUAAGUUUCCCCCUCUUGUUUCAAUUAGUUUUCAAUGUUAUAGUUCAUCGGGAAAUACGGAACAUGUCUUUCAAUAUCGAAUUAAUUUUCCUCAAUUAAUCAAAUAUUCUUUACGGAAAACAAUCAAACAUACAAUUAUUUUGGUUAUAGAUGAUUAUUAAUUUCUCUAUGAAACAACGUAUCAGCUGCAUGUCAUGAUCAAUUUUGAGGGUUUAUUUCAUUCUUGUGUGUCUGUUAGGAGAUGAAAAAGACACCGAGUGUUUCUUAUUUUCCGACGAGCUACUAUAUACAAAAUAUUCGAUGAAUUCGGAAUGGGACACUGAAGUGCUUAUUCACGUUCGAUUCCAAUGUCAAUUGUGGUAAUGAUUAGUUCUUUGACCAGCGUAGAAAAAUUAUUGAAAAACUGGAUUUCUGAUAAAUUCAUAAUACUGUAAAUAGAACAUCUCUUGGCUUACUUCAGCGUAGUAGCGCCAAAAAGUAAGGAACAGGACAAACCGUUCAGGGGUAAGACAUUUUCCACACGCACACCAGCCAAAAAUUAUUAUUUUGAGUCAGGUAUGACAAAAAAGUAGCACUCAUAAAUUUUUCAGUCAAAAAGUUCGUUUCUUUAUCCAUAUGUGGAUGAACGCCAUUAUUGUUAUUUUUACCUUUGAGUGUGUUCCCAUUUCACAAACUUCACAAUAAACGAAAUACGUUUUCGACACUCCAGAUGUUGCAGAUAGAGACAUGGCAAUAAGCUACUGUCCACAUGUUCUAUCGUCAGUGCCCAUAAGUUAUAUCAUAAUGGACCUCUGUGUAUACAUAUGAGUGGAUCUAUUAUGCUUUAACUGCAGCUGCGAGUUUAGAUCAGCGAUUUUAUUGCCGAUUUUUGUUUAAAUGACAAUUGAAGUAUGGACUUCAAUAAUAAAGCGGACUUCAAAUUAGAGCAAGAGCUCUUUCUCAAAAAUGUAAGAUUAAAGAAGAGAGAUCACGCUUCAUUCGAAUUUUAAAGCUUUAUCAAGCUUACGUCAAACAAAUCACAAAAAUGGUUAAGGAAAAUAAAAAAAAAAAUGUAUGGUCAUCAAAUUUCUUUUUAAUGUGUUCAAAUCAAGAGGAUCGUUUUUUCUUAGGACUUACGAUUUUGAAAAAAUUGGUAGCCGAAGUGCUUGACUGAAGCCUUUAAAUUGCAGUAAAAAAAAUCGAUCUGCCCAUAUAUAUUCAUGCAACGAAAAACACGUUGAUCUGCUACUGUGUAAGCCGGAUGAUUAAAUGAAAAUCGAAGUUGUAUAUAAUUCUUAGGGAAUCAAAAUGUGAAUCAUUCAAAAAACAAAAUGUAUUUUUAUUCCAAGAAAAAAUAAACGUUUCAUAUCUUGGUUUUUUCA